ACUACAAACAAAACGUCAUAUUAUUGUCUGGUGACGUCAGGGUCUCCAACAAGAUCAGUUUUGUGGAGUUGUGGAACAGAAUCAAGCAGGAUGCUUAUUUUUGCUCUCAGUUCAGACUUCACCGUUCACCUAAACUUUGUGUCCACGACACUCUAUCGAAUGUGAAUGGUGAUUCGGAUGAUGUUUAAGAGAACCUACGAUGAAAACGUGGAUUCUGGAGCUGAAACCGCCGAAUCUGAUUCCACCAAGAUGUCAUCAUCUGUUGAGGACCUGACCAGGCGAUUCAGGCGGCGGCAGCAGCAGCAGCAGUUGCUGCUCAUGAAUUUACAUGUGCUGGCUAACCCUGGAGAUUCCCUCCUGCUGCAGCACACGCUGGAUCGCCUGCUCCGUUGGCUCUGCCCAAGCCUCCGCAUCUUCCAUGUGUCUGAAAGGGCCUCUCCUUUCAAGGAUUACACACGCUCCCAUCUUUGUCCUGUAGCAGGAUAUCCUUCCUUGUCCAUUACCUUCUUCCUCCAUGAGGUCUAUGGAGAAGAGCGCAUCCUCAGAGUGUUGGACUUCUUCCAGCGGCCACCAUGGCAGUACCAUCAUACUGAGAGCUGUGGCAGCCAGACUGGAGGAGUCCACAUCACAUCCAGCAGCUCCAAGCUGCGGCCCUACCUCCUGCCCAGCCGAGAUUUUUACAGCUUGGGAGAUGGGAUGCCUGUCUGGGGUGUGCGACCAGUACACUGUGGAGGAGAGAUACUACGUGUGACAUUGUACAGUGGAUAUGACAAUUAUGAGGACGAGGUCAGACUCUAUGAGACGGUGCUGCAACAACAGGCACAGGAGCAAAAGACCGGCUUCUGCUGGUUCACUCUGCACACAGAGCCUGGUCUGUGCCUGCAGCUGGCUUUGAAGCAGCUCCCACCAGGGGUUCGGGUGGAGCCGUGCAGCUCCGCUGUGCUACAGUUCAGUGUGGAAGAAAUUGGCCAACUCGUUCCUCUGCUGCCAAACCCCUGUACACCCAUCAGCACCACACGAUGGCAAACUGAAGACCUGGAUGGAAACAAAGUUCUUUUCCAGGUGAAAACUCCAGCACACCCUCAGCGACCUUUAACCUGUGCUUUCCCUUUGACCUUCUCUGCGGUUUCUCCGAGAGGAAUGCAGCUUAGGAGGAGCUCAGAACAGAGCCGCAGGCAGCGGUCCAGCAGCCCCACAUCUGUUCUGCCCUGGAAAACACAAGGUGAUAGUCCCCGCUCUGACACUGGCGUGGAAUUGCUGCAGGGGGGAGGAGGAGCAGAGAGCUUGGGGUCAGGCAGCUGCUGUAGCACCCAUUCAAGCAGCUCCUGCUACUCGUCCCAGCGCAGCAGCCCUGCCCCGCCUCCCACCUCCAAUCACAGAGACUCUCCUCUGCGCCCCUCAAUCACUUGUUCCCUUUCCCACCUCCUUCUGGAAGAGGAUGAAGAGGAGUCGGAGACUAACGUGGACACGGGAGUCCCUGUCACACCUCAGUCUGACUCGGCGGUCGCUGUGGUUACUAGCUCACCCUCUGUGGACGUCACUGUGAGCUGUGAGCAGCCUGCAGCCUUUAGAGCUUCAGCUGAGGGACGACUCAAAGAGCUGAGUGAGUGUCUUGCAUGGACACACACCGUCUCUCAGGGAACCUCCAGGACCGCAGCAGCUAUAUCGAGCCCAUCCAAAGGGCCGAAGGCCGAGAGGGAUCGGACUACUGCAGAGCCACUCAAUGAGUUCUUCAUCUGAACCUGCAGUCAAACUUACUAAAAAUAUGCCGCAUACAGUCAGGAGGAAGCAGAAGAUAUGAAGUGAGGCAGGGGGAGACUGGCAAACAAAGUCCUUGUCUGAGAUCCAGCAGUGAACAGUUCACACUUCACAGUUCAUUAGCAUAAUUUAAGAGAGAAAUUCUUUAACAGCUAUGAACUCGAUCAGCAAAAAAAAAAAAAAAAUAAAAUCAGCCCCAAUGAUUUUUGCUGUGUUUCAGACAGUGGGAUGUCUGAAUUUCCAGCUUCCCGUCAUCAAAAUGUUUCCGUGGCCAGAUACCAGAGGUGAGCAAGAAAACUCUGAAAAUAUGCAGAUGAAGAAUAAAUAUUCUGAAAUUACGAUCACUACACCGACUCAAUGGCCAUUUUAUUAGGUACAAAGAUCUGUCUAGCGUUAACAAACUACAUGUAUCUUCAACAGAUAUACCUAGCGACAUUGAUUUGUUCUAUUAAUGCUACUUUUAUUUCGGUCUCACUCUGGCAAAAUCCUUUAUUAUUUGCACUGACUGAACGGUCACUGCUGUAUUGAGUGACCAGAGCAACAGACCUGCAUGAACCAGGGGUCGGUGGAGCUAACAUCCUGUCACACCUUGAUGAUUUAGCUUGUGUAUGCAGACUGUAUUAAAAACGUUAGCAUAUGCAGGUGUACGUCUAAUACGUUAUGGGUAUGUUUUUGUAAGUUUAGAGCACGUUGAAGCACGCGAGUACGCCGAAAAACUUUGUGCAUACACAAUAUUUUCAACGUAUGCCAGCAUAUGGCUCAUAGGUCCUAUAUACGCAGCUAAGUUAUGCGAUUGUUGACACACAUUUCUUGUAAUUUACUCAUAAGUUGAAAUAUAUCUAUUAAUGCUGUCCAUUGAUUGGCUGAAUAACUGAAAGCUGCAGUCCUCAUGCAAACAGUUCAGACUGUUUCAAAUAUUAAGACCAUUCGCACACGGAGUAAAUAUAAAGCUUUAAUCUUACCUGUUCAUUUCUUCAGAUUCAUCAUCACAGCCUGACGAAAACUUAUGUCCUUCGGUGGUUUGUCUGCUGCUGGUGCAUUUCUCACUCUGAACCAGAGCAUUCCAGCGCUUAGUGCCACAACAAGAAAAUUAACUUAUUUUAAAAGUUGAGUCACAGCGCCUCAUUCACUUACAUCAGCAUUUAUCACAGACAUCAGCCGAUUCUUCAGCAUUCUGCACACGAUCAAAAUAAAUCACAUGAUCCACCAAGACAAUUAGAAAUUUUUAAAAAUGUUAAAUUGCUGUCUUUGGCCUCUAUGUAGGUGGUGGUAGUUGGGGGGGGGGGGGGGGGGGGGGGGGGGGGGGGGGGGUGAGAAGGCUGUGCCACAGCGUAUGUGUGCUUAAUGACGUGCUUGUCAGUGUCUAUGUGCACCUCCUGCCAGACAAAACUGUUCUGCCAGCAGUGGAGACCCAAACCAAGCCAGACUUAACUGUUCCGACCCGUACCAUACUGUGCAGUACCGACUCGAACCGCUUGGUGGAAAUGGGGCUGUCGGCAUACACUGGCUAAAUUGUCACGGUGUGACAGCUGCAUGACUUAUUCUGUGUAUUUUUGAUACGUCGGCAUAUGUUGGCUAAAUCGUCAGGGUGUGACAGGGCCCUAACAUGAGGUUCACAAUACUUGUUCCAUGUUUGUUUAGAAUACAGCAUUAUUCUAUCUGCCACACUGACUGAAGUUAAACAAAUCCAUAUUUAGUUUAGUGGCGUGACAUAAAGGGCCAGAUCACUUUUUUGCCAAAGUUAUUAAAACAUCAUGAGCCAACAACCCUCUGAGUUAGCUGGUUGAGAUGAGUAUUGUCACCCUUGACAAAAAAAAAAUACACUAAAUAAACUUUUCCUGAAGCUGA